ACAUCCCGGUCGAGAAUUCUAUUUUAAUUUAAUUUUAAGGCCUUUUAACACCCCAAAAAUGGAUAAAUCCUUCGGAAACCUGGAUUACAGUCCGAAAUCAAUAACCUGCACAAACAUCCCCGAAGAAUUUCUCGAUAAAUCUGUGGCAAAAAAGCACUUUGGGCAAUUUGGAACUAUCAAAAGCUUCUCUUUACGCCCGAAAAAUUACUCUUGCUCCGUUGAAUUUGAAAAUGCCGAAGAAGCUGAAGUCGCAAAAGAAAAUGGAUACAUUUACAAUGACCAUGAAUUCGAAAUUGAGUUCACCGAAGAAAGUAGAAGUCCGAGCACUUUUGAAAUUGAUCCAGAUGUUCAAAUGGAAUUGCAUGCGAUGAAAGGCGGAUCGGUUUUUGGCGGUACAGAACAAAUUAUGCAACAAAGUCAAAAUACGUUCAUUAAGAGACCGCUCGUGAAAGCUAAAAAUGAAGCUUUAAAUGUCGAAAUUGAGCAGUUACUGCGACGACAAGCGCAUUCCGUGGAGGAUAAAUAUCGCAUCUUGGAUGCUCGUGACAAAUUGAUCCGCCAACUGCAACAAAACGAGAAAAAAAGCAAAAAUUUGAUCGGAACAUGUCCCGAUAUGUGUCCCGAGAAGGAACGUUUGAUGCGAAUUUUCCAAAAUCAAGUCGCCUCGUUCGAAUAUCAGCCCGGAACGAAUCAAAUGGAUCACAAAAUCGCCGUUAAGCAAUAUUCUCGUAGUUCGGCGGAUCAAGAGACGCCUUUACCUCAUGAGUUACGCCCAGCAAAUGUUUUACGAAUGUCAAUGAAUUAUUUGAUGUCACGAAUUGUCGAUUUAUCGGAAGAUCCCAAGACAAAUAUCUCGGAUUGGUUCCAUUUUGUAUGGGAUCGCAUGCGAAGUAUUCGUAAAGAUAUCACGCAACAGGAUUUGUGCACUGUCGAAGCAGUUACGCUUGUUGAGCAAUGUGCUCGGUUUCAUAUUCACUCGUCAGCGCGUUUGGUUGCCGAAGAUCCGACGGUUUUCGAUCAAAAAUUGAAUACGGAAAAUUUGACAAAGUGUCUUCAAACUUUAAAGUACAUGUAUCGCGAUUUGCGACUUCAAGGGGUUUCAUGUCCAAAUGAGCCAGAAUUUCGAGCUUAUGUCGUUUUGUUGAAUUUGAACGAUGGAAACUUUUUGUGGGAGUUUCAACAAUUUUCGGAUGUCGUACUGAAGUCACCUGAACUGAAAUUCGCUUUGAAAGUCUAUCAAGCGAUCGCAAAUAAUAAUUAUGUGAAAUUUUUUCAACUUGUUCAAGAGACAACUUACCUCAAUGCCUGCAUUUUGCUGCGAUAUUUCACCCAAGUGAGACUAAAAGCUGUCCUGACACUCCUAAAAGCGUAUUGCCCGAAAAAUCCAAGCAAAUUUUCGCUCAAAGAAUUUUCGGAAAUUCUCGCUUUUGAAGAUUUCGAGUCAACUUGCAGCUUUUUAGAGUAUCACGGGCUGUCAUGCGACGAAGAAGUCCUUUAUUUGGACAAACGUAACUUUUAUUAUCCCGAUUUUCCGUUUACGCAAGAACGAUCCCUGGAUUUGGUCGAAAGUAAACGUCAAAUGAGCGUUGGGGAGAUCAUCAAUGGAAGUCCUUAUUCGCCCGGGCAAAUGGAGAGCUUGGAAAAACAUCAAUUACAAAAUAGUUUUGAUGAUUUCGGAUAUUUGAAGAGUAAUGUGUUUGAUCAUGCAUUGAAAAGUCGCAGUGAACCCGAAACAGUGUUCAAAGUACCAACAAGAACAGUUUCUCCUCGUCCUCGAAAGUCGACGGAAGCGCCUAAAAGUGAAGUUUCGUCAAUUAUUGCGCCGACAACGAGUUUUGCUGCUCCAAUUAUUGCUCCGCCGAUUAUUGCACCGCCUGUGGAAAAGAAAAUUGAGACGUUGCCAUCGAUAUUUUCACUUCCGACACCGCCGCAAUCAGGAAGCGGAGAUGCGAGUUCAGCAAAAAGUAAAGGUUUUAACUUUUUACAAGCGAUUGGAUCUGAGUCAGCUCCUAAAACGCCAUUUUCACCAUUUCAACAACCGAUUCAACCUCCAAAAGUCAUCUCAUUUCCCUCCAUCGAUUUUAAUUCGCCGCCCAAAAAAGUCAUCAUGCAAGUCGAAAAGACUCCAACUUUGAGUAUUGAUCGAACAGACUCAAAUUUAUCAACUUCUUCAUCUCUCAACAUCUGUUCGCCCUUCACGCCUCUCACUCCAGCAACUUCCAUCUCAAGUACAACUCCAAAAACGGACGAAAAAAAGAUGAAACAAGUCGAUAUCGAGUUAAAAUUAAAAGAAAUUCACGAUUCUGCAUCAAAACUCACCUCGGAUCUCGUUUCUGAAGUAACUUCGGGUCUUCUUCAAGCAACAGCGGAACAAGAAAUCGCUCGCAGUAAACGUUUAUACGAAGAAAUCCCCCGAGAAUUGCUCACGACACUUUUGGAUGAAGUCCUGGACGAGUCUUUGAAGGAAAUUUCCGACACUGAAUUGCUCGUCGAACAAAUUCUCGAAGCAAGAAAGCUCCGAAGCAUUUAUAAAGUAUUGAAACAUUGGAUUUUCAUCACGCGACGCAACAAUUAUCGAAAACAUCAACUGAUGUCGACGCCAUUUUACUCCGAACCGUUAAGUGUUGUUGCCAAAGAGUUUGCUCUUCCGUGUCAUCGUCGCAGUGCCGAACUUUUUGACCAAACUAAUUUCGAAAUUCCAUCAAAAAUUAACAAAAUCGACUUUUUCGAGGUAAUUUCAAAGGAAUUAAAGCCUGAAACUCAUAAUUAUUGGAAAGCUGUCGUUUCGUAUCCGGAUGAAAAAGAAGAUAAAACCGGAAAAUUUUCAAUUUUAAUGGAAAAUUGGCUCAAAAAUCAUUUUUCCAUUGAUGAAAGCGGCAUUUUAACACUUAAGAAGUACGUUAAAAAGCUAAAACGUGACCUGGCAUUGUCGUUAGAGACCAAAAAAGGCACUAAAAUUGAUGCGAAAACAGCAAAUGGAGUAAUUUUCAUCGUAAAUCAAGAAAAUAUCAACAAAAGUAUCGAUCGAUGGCGGAAUUUGAUGUCAAACGUAGCGAGUCAUGUCCCAAUUGCCAUCGUCGUAUGUAAUAACAACGAAAAAUUAUCCGUUUCUGAGGUUGAAUCGAUGUUAAAUGCAAAAAAAUGUCAAAAUUUCAAAAUUUUUUUGCAUUCUAACAAGAACACGUUGAAGAAUUGCAUCGAAGAAGGACUAAAAUUCGUCGCUAAUAACUCUGCGUUCAACGAAUUUCAACUGGAAAUGGAUCAAACAGCGACUUGUCUCUCCCAAUGCCUUGGGGAAGAGUUUUGGUGUCGUGUCAUGACUACAAUUUACGAAAACGAGGCACUUUUUCUCGCAUCUCAUAAGGAAAGUGACUUCUUAGUCGAUGUUUUUAACAAGGCCCUUGAGCAACUUCAGCUAAUUUUGGCAAAAUCCUUUUCCGAAGUGAUUUUUUUCCCCGAAGAAUUACGUCCGUUAGUUGGAAAUUCGCAGAAAAAAUAUCCGAUGAGCUUCGAGCAGUUCCCAAAAGCAUGGAGUUCAUCGCGAAACACCGAAAAAUUGAAAAAUUUCCUCAAAUCUCUUCGUUUGCCGCCUUUUAAACAAACAUCAAACAGCGAUAUUGACACCGUCAAGCAACAAAUCGCGUCAUACGUGAAGCUCGUCGUUGGUGAAAACACAAAAAACGUUUCUCGUUUGGUUCAAUUGGCCCAAAUGCAAGUUCUCGAAGUCGAAUCUGAGUUUGAUGUUGACGCCAUUAACGUUUCCUGGAUCGACAUUAUUCGUCUGCUUGCGAAUCAAAAGCUUCAAACUGCCAUGAAGGAACUUCCCGUGCCCACAGUCGUCUAUGAUCGCGAAGAAAUGCAAGUUUUUCUCACACAACCUUGGUGGCUCACGAUGGAUGAGGCAAAUAAGGAUCGUUCAGUGUUGCUUGAAACGUCUUUUAAUAGAACGCAAUUUUCUACGUCGAGGAAGAGAAAAAGUUUUGAUGAUAUAGAUUUGAACUCGGAUGAGGUCUCGAAGAUUUUGAAGACAGGCGAAGCAACGCUGAAGAAAUUUGAGGCACGGAAACCGAAAGAAAAGACAAAAACGAGUAAAGAUGAGGUUUUUGAGGUAUUUCGAGAUGCGGAGAGUUAUUUUAAGGAAAAUCAACGCAAAUGGAAGGAAUAUGAAGAAAAGUUGUUUGGAUCGUAUUGCGAAUUGCUCGCGACACUUUUGGAUGAAGUCCUGGACGAGUCUUUGAAGGAAAUUUCCGACACUGAAUUGCUCGUCGAACAAAUUCUCGAAGCAAGAAAGCUGCGAAGCAUUUAUAAAGUAUUGAAACAUUGGAUUUUCAUCACGCGACGUAACAAUUAUCGAAAACAUCAACUAAUGUCAACGCCAUUUUACUCCGAACCUCUAAGUGUUGUUGCCAAAGAGUUUGCUCUUCCGUGUCAUCGUCGCAGUGCCGAACCUUUUGACCAAACAAAGUUCGAAAUUCCAUCAAAAACGAACAAAAUCGACUUUUUUGAGGUAAUUUCAAAGCAAUUAAAGUCAGAAACUCAAAAUUAUUGGAAAGCUGUCAUUUCGUAUCCGGAUGAAAAAGAAGACAAAACCGGAAAAUUCUCAACUUUAAUGGAAAAUUGGCUCAAAAAUCAUUUUUCCAUUGAUGAAAGUGGCAUUUUAACACUUAAGAAAUACGUGAAAAAGCUAAAACGCGACCUAGCAUUAUCGUUAGAGACGAAAAAAGGCGCUAAAAUUGAUGCAAAAACAGCAAAUGGAGUAAUUUUCAUCGUAAAUCAAGAAAAUCUCAACAAAAGUAUCGAUCGAUGGCGGAAUUUGAUGUCAAACGUAGCGAGUCAUGUCCCAAUUGCCAUCGUCGUUUGUAAUAACAACGAAAAAUCAUCCGUUUUGGAGAACACGUUGAAGAAUUGCAUCGAAGAAGGCCUAAAAUUCGCCAAUAACUCUGCGUUCAACGAAUUUCAACUGGAAAUGGAUCAAACAGCGACUUGUCUCACCCAAUGCCUUGGGGAAGAGUUUUGGUGUCGUGUCAUGACUACAAUUUACGAAAACGAGGCACUUUUUCUCGCAUCUCAUAAGGAAAGUGACUUUUUAGUCGACGUUUUUAACAAGGCUCUUGAGCAACUUCAGCUAAUUUUGGCAAAAUCCUUCUCCGAAGUGAUUUUUUUCCCCGAAGAAUUACGUCCGUUGGUCGUAAAUUUGCAGAAAAAAUUUCCUAUGAGCUUCGAACAGUUCCCAAAAGCAUGGAAUUCAUCGCGAAACAUCGAAAAAUUGAAAAAUUUCCUCAAAUCUCUUCGAUUGCCGCCUUUUAAACAAACAUCAAAUAGCGAUAUUGACACCGUCAAGCAACAAAUCGCGUCAUACGUGAAGCUCGUAGUAGGUGAAAACACUAAAAACGUCUCUCGAUUGGUUCAUUUGGCCCAAAUGCAAGUUCUCGAAGUCGAAUCUGAGUUUGAUGUUGACGCCAUUAACGUUUCGUGGAUCGACAUUAUUCGUCUUCUUGCGAAUCAAAAGCUUCAAACUGCCAUGAAGGAACUUCCCGUGCCCACAGUCGUCUACGAUCGUGAAGAAAUGCAAGUUUUUCUCACACAACCUUGGUGGCUCACGAUGGAUGAGGCAAAUAAGGAUCGUUCAGUGUUGCUGGAAACGUCAUUUAACAGAACGCAAUUUUCUUCGUCAAGGAAGAGAAAAAGUUUUGAUGAUAUAGAUUUGAACUCGGAUGAGGUCUCGAAGAUUUUGAAGACAGGCGAAGCAACGUUGAAGAAAUUUGAGGCACGGAAACCGAAGGAAAAGACAAAAACGAGUAAAGAUGAGGUUUUUGAGGUAUUUCGAGAUGCGGAGAGUUAUUUUAAGGAAAAUCAAAGAAAAUGGAAGGAAUAUGAAGAAAAGUUGUUUGGAUCGUAAUUCGAAUAUUUUUUGGUUUUUAUGACAAAAUGACAAUGAAAAAAUUGAAAAAAAAAUUGA